AUGGCCAACACGGUCCCCGACCUCGACUCGGUGGGCAUAAAGGCAGAACCCGAGCUUGCAGACCAAUUCCGUCGUGAAGUCGCACACCUCCUCGGCCGUUCCUCUCUUAAUUUCCCCGGCGCACAACCCGUCAGUUUCUCGUCGCGGCACCUCCUAGAGCUACAAAAACAAGACUACUAUGUCUGCGAGAAGACGGACGGCAUACGGUGUCUUAUGUACUUUGCGCGAGGAGACCCGGAUUCAGACACGCCCGAAAUACACUACUUGAUCGAUCGGAAGAACGACUAUCGUUACGUUCCGGGCUUACACUUUCCUAUGCCGGACGAUGAGUCGUUUCAGAGCUUUCAUGUGGAUACAAUUGUGGAUGGGGAGUUGGUGAAUGAUAUAUACGAGGACGGGACGGAGCAGCUGAAGUUCUACGUCUUUGAUUGUUUGGUGCUGGAUGGCACGAGUUUGAUGCAUCGCACGCUGGAUAAGAGACUGGCAUAUUUUAAGGAGAAGGUAUUGAAGCCGUACAAUGCAAUGUAUAAGAAGUUUCCGGAGGAAAGGCAGCACCGGGCGUUUGCCGUUGAGGACAAGUCGACACAGUUCAGCUAUGGCAUUGAGAUGAUGUUCCGGGACAUUAUACCAAAAGUCAAGAAGAUUCACGGAAACGAUGGGCUGAUAUUUACGUGUCGAGGCACUCCAUAUAAGAUUGGAACGGACGAGCAUAUUUUAAAGUGGAAGCCUCCGGAGGAAAACAGCAUUGAUUUUCGCAUGCGACUGGAAUUUCCGAUGGUAGAACCGGACUCUGAAGAUGAAUCCGCAGGGGUAACGGAAGCAUAUCCGGAUUACGAUGCUAUCCCGAUAUGUCAUCUCUUCGUCUUCUACAGACAAAACGAUUACCGUCAUUUCGGCCUCAUGCACCUUGAAGAGUCCGAAUGGGACGAACUCAAAGCUCUACAGAAACCUCUUGACGAUACGAUUGUCGAGUGCUACCGUGACGAGCAUGGCCGCUGGCGUUUCCUCCGAUUCCGCGAAGAUAAAACUGAUGCGAAUCAUAUCUCUACUGUGGAGAAGGUCCUUGAGAGUAUCGAGGACCGGGUGACGGAGGAAGAUUUGAUUCGAGCGGCGCCGGCAAUCAAAACUGCGUGGAAAAAGCGACAGGCUGAUGAAGAGGCGGCCAGGAGGAAACCAAACGGUGUUCCUCAUCCAAGUGUCAAUGGAGUGAAGAGGAAGUAUGAGGAAUAA